AUGGGGAAAAGGGGGUCUGUGAUCAACAGGAGGCAGCACUGCUUGAAAAAUGCUGGUGGCUUCAAGCUCCAAGGCUCCUUGAAGAGAAAGUUGGUGGUAAACCUGUCACCUGUGAACAAGAGGCCCAACGGAGUUUCAGAGAGCUCUUUUCUUGACAUUAAGAGGAUGAGAGUGGGUGACAAUAUCUCAGUGGGACAAGGUGGACAACAUGUUAACAACUGCCAAAGCCCGUCUAUGUCAGGAACUAUGUCUGUGGGGCAAGGAUCACAAAGAAAGGCCAGCAACCUAGCAAACAAUGCACAUGCGAGUGGGAAUGGCAUGUUUAAUAUGACUUUGAAAGAGGUAAAAAAAGAACCGGGAGAAACUAUGUCCUGCAGCAAACACUUAGAUGGCCAGACAUCCCAUGAAAACAUGUUCCCUAACAGAUACGGGGAAGACUCGUGGGAACAAAUGAUGGAUCUGGAGCUUCAGGAACUGUUUAAUGAACUGACUAACAUAUCAGUGCCACCAAUGAGUGAUCUUGAGCUAGAGAAUAUGAUAAAUGCCACGAUAAAACAGGAUGAGCCAUUCAACAUUGACCUUGGGCAGCAGAGCCAGAGGGGCCCUGUGAGAUCUCUGCAGAUGGACAAGAUGGUGAUAAAAAGUGAAUACGCACCGGGCAUGAACCAGGCUCCUGUGGGCUCCCCACAGAUGAGGCCUUCUUCUACAGGUCCAGCCUUCACUAUGGCCACCACUGCCAUGUCCACCUCUUCACCAAUCCCUUCGGUGCCUCAGAGUCAAACACAGGUAUCGCAGGUGUCUUCUGCGUCCAGUCGGCCAUUGCCUAAUUGGCAGGAGGUGUCUCAUGCACAGCAACUCAAACAGAUCGCAGCCAACCGGCAGCAGCAUGCCUUGAUUCAGCAGCAACAGCAGCAGCAGAACCAGACAGCCAACUGGUCCACUCUGUCUCCAUCAGGACCUUCCCCUGGACCCUUCGUGCAAGAAAAAAUCCCCAGUCCUUCUUUUCGCCAGCAGCAGUUCAGCCCACAAAGCUCAGCAAUGCUCGGGGUACCAGUGAAUGGAAACCAGUCAAAAGGGAUGAACAACUAUGUUUAUAAACCGACCACUCCCCAGAGCACUUCCAUGGACAUAAUCAUGCAACAGAAGCCUCAGGACCUCAACAGGAACUUUAUCAACAGCGCUCAGCCACCACUAGAGCAGCAUCAUGGCAACACAAAGCCUUUGUUUCACUUUAACUCAGAGCAAACAAACCAGCAGAUGCCUUCAGUUUUGGGUUCCCAAAACAAGCCUGCCCUUCUGCACUACACGCAGCAGGCACAGGGUUCAGCCCCCGUGCAACAGCCACAGCAACAGCAGCAACAACAGCCACAGCCGCAACCUGCUCAGCCUCUCCCGAACCAGUCUCUUCAAAGGCCACCUAAUGUACCCCUAGCAAUGCAGCAAAAAAUGAUGCUUCAGAAAAUGCAGCAAAGCCAGCAAAUCUCAGGACUGCAGUAUCCAGUCUCUCAGCAGCAUAGACAG